GAAGAACAAGCUCAAAGGUGAGAGGUCGUGAAGAAGCAAGGACGAUGUCAUGCGCAAAUUCUUGAAGGGGAAUAGCAACGCAAAUUAAUUAAAUCACUCAUUAAAUUCCCCUCUCAGAUCCCACAUAUCCACGGGACUGGAGUAUUAACGUGUUUGAGCAUGAACGCUAGCUGAAGCGUGAUGCAUCCAGAGCAGCCCACAACAGGCUUCACCCUUCGGAGGCGACUGGCAGAUUCGGCCCCUCGGGGCACGUUGAGCACCGGGCCAGUGCGGGGCCUGAGCCAGAGCGCCAAAGCUCCUCGCUUCUGCCCCCUGUUCCCCAGGGUCCAUGCAGCUGACAUGGCUUCUGCCCAGCCCGCGCAGAUGCCCUCGUCUCCCUCCUCCACCUGCGCGGCUCCUCCGCAGCCCAUCCCUGCCCCCGCCUUGCCAAGCAACAUAGGCAAGCCAGACUUCCCAGACACGGGCUGGGACCGCAUUAAGGAUCUCUUUCAAAAAGAUGCGACUCAGGGUUAUCCAGAGGAGGUGACCAACGUGGUAAAAAGUGGCCUUGUGGCCUCUAUAGCGGGCUUGAUCUACGGAGGCCUGCCGGCAGCUCGCCACGCUAAGCAGCGCUACAUCCAGCUGAGCCAGGCAGAACUCUACACCAGUCGUGUGGAAGCAGUGCGUUUGGCCCACAACGCAGCUAUCCGAGGUUUUGUGAGAUAUGGACUCCGAUGGAGCUGGAGAGUUGCUGCUUUUGUUACCUUGUUCAAUUCUGUAAGCACAGGACUGUCAGUUUACCGUGACAAGUACACCGUUGGCAAUUUUGUUGCAGCUGGAGCUGUGACCGGAGGGGUUUUCCGACUAAACUUGGGCCUGCGAGGCCUAGUAGCAGGCACCAUCAUCGGAGCAGCACUCGGGAUUCCUACGGGCGCUGUGAUCAUUAGCAUGCUGUCAGUGACGGGAGAAAGUAUGCGAGAAAGGAGGCGGCGAGAGCGCAGGGAGACUUACGAGAUGAAACUUGCAGAGUGGUCGGCACGACUUGAGCUGACGGAUGAGUUGAUAGGUGACCUGACCGUGACUUCAAAGGCGGAGGAGGUCGAACGGGACUUGAAGAGGAUCCAGGACCUCCUCAAUUUACCGCAGAAUGAUGCGGCGCAGGACUCGAGCAGCCAAUGACGGUGCUACCGGUUAAAUGACGAACACAAAAAAUGUGACUUCACAUAACGCUGAGGAGAAAUAAGGGCUUCACUUAGAGUUGACCCGUCGUGCAGCACUCGUGCAGCAAGUCAAAGGAAAAAAAUAAACAAAAA